UUUUUUACAGGGUAUGUUUACAGAUUUGAAGUUGCGCGAAGUUGACAAGAUAUAGAAAACUGAAAAUAAAAAUGCAUAAUAUUAUUAUAAAAUAUGAAUAUAUACCGUAUAUGCAGGAAAGGCAGUUCAGAAUCCUAUCGUAAGCCACUGCGAUACAGGUACCGGUACCGGUACCGUAGUACCGGUGCUGUCAAUUUUUAAUCACUUUUACGCCAGUAAUUUGCUUUUCAGGUAAGUUACAGAUUUAAUUAUGGUUCCAAGCAAGCAUCGAUGGUCUGGAUCAUACUGCUGCAUUCCUGGUUGCAAAAGUUCAUCCGGGAAUGGUGACCAUUUGUAUCAUGUCCCGGAUGGUAAGAAUAAGAAAUUUGGAAUGCCUUCAAAGGAAUGGGCACAAAAGUUUCAUCAGGUUGUGUUCAAAUAUCGCUUCUCUCCUAAUUUCAAAAGCAAAGUUGAGGAUGGUAAGGUCAGAAUUUGUGGUGAUCAUUUCGAGGAUGAAGAUAUCCAAAAGACCAAUAAAAGAAGUUGGAUUAAGUUUGGAGCAUUACCUACAAAAUGUUUGCCAAGAAAAUCGCAUGAAGUAUCUCCUUGCCCACCAAGAAGGAUUGUUCCCAAAUAUUCAUCCACAAAUGACUGUCCAUCUUCAUCAUCUCAAUCUUCGAUUUACAAUUCCAUCAAUGAAAUAAUUACAGCUUUUGAAAGUAUUACCCUGAAAAACUGGAGAAUGCAUCGAAUUAAUGCACACAAAGCUCAUUUCACAUACUACUCUAAUCACAGUUUACAUGCGACACCGGAAAUAAGCCUUUUAAUUUGCCAAUUUGAUCAAAAACCAUUUUACUUUUCUUGCGCUUUUGCUGGAGUUUACUCUUCCACUAUAUCAUCGACACUAAGUUUGAGAGGAAUUUCAAUUUCAAUCUUACUCAAAAACUUGGUUGAUCUCACUCCUUGUUUUGGUUAUAAUGUUGUUUCCACAAAGAGUUCAUGGAUUCCCAGAAGUGUUGCAGAAAUAGAAGAUACUGGCGAAAUUUCCUUGAAAUUAAGAUAUAUCAGCUCUCAAUGUGAAAUAGCGUAUUCUUAUGCUGGUGCAAGACCCAACAUCUGCUCUACUUGUAUGCGUCUCCAUGUGCAUGAUCAAGACAGUGACAAGCGAAAAACCAAUAGAUUCGAAAAACUAAAACAUGUUCCACUUGCUAAUCGGUGUACUUAUGCUACAGCUAGUAAAGAAAGAUUGGUCGCACUAGCUAAUAUAAAUAGACAGCGUUUAAGUGAUCUUGAAAAUGAGGUACGAAAGGCUGGCAUCAUGGUUUCAACAAAUAUGUCCUCCAUGAUUGAAGGAUUGUCAGAGGAUGAGUUUUUAAAAGACUGGUGGGAAGUUCAGCAACAUUUGCAAAAAUCUAACAGUAAAUUUGGAAGGAGAUAUCCACCAUCUAUUAUUCGUUACUGUCUCAUGUUGUAUGCAAAGUCACCAUCUGCGUAUAAAUUCAUACAAAGAAUCAUGGUCUUGCCUGCUCCACGUACACUGCAAAAUAGCAGAAAUGCUUUCUGUGGUUCAUGUGAAUACGGAUUUCAAAAAUCCAUUGCUGCGCGUAUACAAUUAGAAGCAGAUUCUGCAGAGAAAGAAUGUGACAAAAUGGUUGUACUUGCAGUUGAUGAAAUGUCUAUAAAAGAAGAUCUUGUGUUCAAAUCAUCCACUGGGGAGGUUACAGGUUAUGUCGAUUUUGGAAAUGAAUGCAUUAACAAUUUGUCCAAAUCGUAUAACAGGAUUGCCUAUCAUGUCCUUGCGAUAUAUGUUCGAGGCAUCACAAAUCACAAAUUGGAUGGCGUUCUUGCGUAUUAUCCCACGGCUGGAAUCAAUGCAGAGGAUCUUGUCCUAUUAUUAUGUGACCUUUUGGUGGAAAUACCUCACCAGACUCAUUGUGUUAUCCUUGCUAUUGUUUGUACAUCUACAUGCUGCCGGAUCCACCUCACCUUUUGAAAACCUGUCGUAAUAAUUUGCUCAGUACGAAAAAAAAUCUGUGGAACGGAGAAGACAUCUAUAUGGAACCUGUAAAGCAGCUAAUAAGGGAAGAUCUAAAGCGGGGAGAGUUGAGGCUCUUUCAUAAAAUCACUGAAUCACAUAUUAAUCCGAGUCCCUGGGAAAAAAUGAGUGUACGUAUCGCAGCACAAACUUUGUCUUAUACUGUAGGUAAAGCCAUAGAAAAUCGAGGUUUUUCUGCUUUAGCAGAGUUUAUUCUAAAUUCAGACAAGUGGUUUGACUGCAUGAACUCAGGAUUCCAGAAUAAAAAUGCUAAACCAUCUCGCCAGCCUUUUUACAACAUCUAUGAUAAAAGAAUAGAAUGGCUUGAGAAAGAUUUUCUAAAAUACCUGGAUGAUUGGGAAGAAAAGGCGUACAGUCGGCCACUAGUAGGAGAUGUUAAUCGCCAGAAAAUGCUGCUCAGUGAUGCCACAAGAAAUGGCUUGAGAAUGGCAUCCGUUUCAAUGGCUGCGAUUAUUCGUAUUGUUCUGAGCAGUGGUGCGAGCUAUGUUUUACCACGGCGUAUUAACCAAGACCCUCUAGAGGCAUAUUUUGGUCAUCAACGCGAUCGAGGUUCCCGUACUGGAAACCCUACCUUAAGUUUGUUCACAUCGAACUCCAGAUCAAUAGAUGUUGUAAAAUCUUUUAAUAGUGUUUUUGGUUCUAAUGUUGCGAUUAAAAAUGAUUGAUAAAUUUCCAGAAGCUGAACUUUUUGCUUCGAAUACAUCCGGAUUCUAGUACUAGUUCAUUUUCUUAAAUCGUUUCUAAUUUUAGUGACUGGCCCGUCUCUGCUUUUAAUAAUAGUUUAUGUAUCCAAAAUUGUAUUUUUAUAUUAAUCGAUGGAUCGCCAAAAAUGCCUCUUAUUCGAGAGACUGAAUUCAAAAAAAAAAGUUUCUCUUUCCCCGUAUAAUUUUAUGGAACCUCAUCCAUGUUUUAAAAAUAACUAUCAAUUAUUGGCCUGUGUAUUUUUUGUUUCUCUCUACCAGGUCUGUGUAAUUCUUCAUAUUAGUGUCAAAAUUCCUGUUCAGUUUACCUAUGGUAUUUCUUAUGCUAAAAAAACACAAAAUGAAACUA